CUCUAGUUGGAAGACAGCGCCUAUUUUUAUUUUCCAUGCCACCUCCUUAUCGCCAAGCAUGCGCUGCAUGCAUCAAGUCAAAAAGACGAUGCGACAUGGCCGUUCCAAAAUGUUAUCGUUGUCGUGUCCGAUCACUCGAAUGCCUAUAUCCAUCUCCCUCUACACGACGAACCCUAGCGCAAAACUCAAAAGCCCUUCCUCAAGCAACCGCAAGAAUCACGGUGAACGAAUCUCAAACAGAGUCACAAAAUGCGAGUAUUGCACCUGAUAUAACCUUCGAUGCUGAUAACCUCGCCUUGCCGCCUUUCCCAGACUACGACUUGGACUGGCAGGAAGCAAUGACAAAUCUCAAUGACUUCUUGGUGCCCGACUUAUUGAAUCCGCAUGACACGGCUGAGAGGAGUGUUUUGGCAGGCGAAAAAUACCAAGGUCGUAUUGUAUACACCAUUGAGCAGUUCAAGUCAUACCCCAAGCAGUUGGUUCUUCACGGUCAGGUUCCAUUCAUUCAUAGAAGAGUAGUCGAAAAGUAUCUCCCCAAGCCACUUACAAGAAUAUUGGCCAUUUGUGCUCUUUAUGAGAGAAAGUCUGAGACGAAUCAACAGCUGGUCUAUAGUACUAUUCAGCAAUAUGCUGAUGAGUUGAUUGAUGUCACACAACUAGCCGACUCUGACAUCGAUUUAUUGUCUUCGGUUCAGGCAUUCAUUCUACUGCAAAUAAUUCGCUUACUGGAUGGAGAUAUCCGGCAAAGAGCAAAUGCUGAGAAUGUGGAGACCUUCUUCGUCAACGGUAUUCGGCGCUUACAACAGCGCAUGAAAAGUGUUGAAGACUCGACACAAAUCAUGAGCAGUCAACUGAGGACACCAGGUGCUGAUGCCUGGGAAACUUGGAGUCUUGCUGAGAGCUUGAGACGCACUGUCAUAACAGGAUACUGCCUGCAUGGGUUGUAUUCGUUUCUCAGGAAUGGCUGGGACGAUGCUCACCAUGAGUUUCCGGCGUUAUCAUUUUUCGGUCAAAGGGCUCUUUGGUGCGCUACUUCGAGAUUUGAGUGGGAGUCGGCUGUUGCUAAAUGUCAUACAUUGCCUAUACGCUUCGCUCACUGGGAGUCUGAUAUGGCCACUGCGAAACCAGAAGAUAUGGACGAACUUGGGGUUAUAAUAAUGGCGCUUACGAAGGGAAUAGAUGACUGUUGUCACUGGGUUGGGGAUGGUCUCCUUGAAAGCUUUGGACUCAAGCCUUAAAGCUAC